GCCACGUGUGGACUCCAUGGCGGCCACGCAGCUUUUGGGGGAGAAGAUUAGCAUCCACACGGGAGAGACGGCCAAGCCGGGGGACAGGGACCUGCUUGGUAACGACUGCCUUGGGCAGGACAGGCCCUCUCAAUAUUCUUGGAGGCAGAAGUGCGCCUCUUACGUGUUGGCUCUGAGGCCGUGGAGCUUCAGUGCGUCCCUCACCCCCGUGGCCCUGGGCAGUGCCCUCGCCUAUCGAUCCCAGGGCACCCUGGAUCCCAGGCUCUUGUUGGGUUGUGCCGUGGCUGUCCUGGCUGUACAUGGGGCUGGCAAUUUGGUCAACACUUACUAUGACUUUUCCAAGGGAAUUGACCACAAGAAGAGCGAUGAUAGAACUCUGGUGGACCGAAUCUUGGAGCCCCAGGAUGUUGUAUGGUUUGGAGUCUUCCUCUACACCCUGGGCUGUGUCUGUGCAGCUUGCCUCUACUAUUUGUCCUCUUUAAAACUGGAACACUUGGCUCUCAUCUACUUUGGAGGCCUGUCCAGCUCCUUUCUCUAUACGGGAGGAAUUGGCUUCAAGUACGUGGCCCUGGGAGACCUCAUCAUCCUCAUCACUUUUGGCCCGCUGGCUGUGAUGUUCGCCUACGCCGUCCAAGUGGGCUCCCUGGCAGUCUUCCCCUUGGUCUACGCCAUCCCUCUCGCCCUCAGCACCGAGGCCAUUCUCCAUUCCAACAACACCAGGGACAUAGAUUCUGAUCGGGAGGCCGGCAUCGUCACGCUGGCCAUCCUCAUCGGCCCCACCCUCUCCUACGUGCUCUACACCAUGCUGCUCUUCCUGCCUUACCUCAUCUUCACCAUCUUAGCCACACACUGCAGCAUCAGCCUGGCCCUACCCUUGCUCACCAUUCCCAUGGCCUUUUCCCUUGAGAGGCAGUUCCGAAGCCAGGCCUUCAACAAACUGCCACAGAAGACUGCCAAACUCAACCUCUUGCUGGGACUUUUCUACGUCUUUGGCAUCAUCCUGGCACCAGUGGGCAGUCUGCCCAAACUUUAAAAGGGGUCCAUUUGCUCCCCACACAGGACAUCCCUCUUAAUGGAAUAUUCUGAAGUCAGAAUACUGUAGAAUGGAAUGUGAUUUGACAGUGAGAUUCCGAGUGAUGGAUGUGAACUCCUGCC